UGUUCGGCCGCUGCGAAAGCGAGUCCCGCCUGGGUGCGGCCGACCUGUGGCGUCCCGAUCUGGACGUGAGCGGCGCCAAGCUGCUCGAGUCCGAACUCGAGCGCCUCUGGGAGCAGGGCUACCGCUGGCGCCACGUGUACAGCCAAUGCGUGGUGCGAUCGGCCCUCUCCGCGAUUCGUCACGGACGACUUUACGACCCGGGCUUCUGCGCGCGGACACUGGGCAGCACGCUGCCCAUAGUGUCCGACGAAAUAGCAAUGGAGCUUGAGCACCUGAGCCCUGACGACUUGGCCUUCAUCAAGUUCACACCGAACAGUGGUCUGAAAGAAGGUACCACGCCUCAGUUUGCCGACGAGGUGUACUUUCCCCCUCUGGACGGUGCGGCCGUUCAAGGCGCGUUCCUCACGUCCGGUGAAGUUCUCUCUAGUGCGGAGGACAACGCUGAUGCUGCAGUUGCUUCUGCGGCCUCUAUCUCUGCCCUCAAGGAUGCCCUCAAAGCUCAGGCAAUGAAGAGGAAGCCUAAGAACACAGAGGUAGCCAAAGACGACUCAAACGAGACCGAUGACGCGUCGGCGGAUAGCGAGGACGUUGCUGGCGUGCUCAACUACCUGCAGCAAGUGGCUAAGGACACGGCCUCGUUGCUGGACGAAAAUAAGGAACGCUACGACGUCUUCGUACCACCAGAUGUUCCCGUCGUGGAGACUGAGCUAUCGUCCGACCUCAACCAACGUCCAAUCUUCACCGAAGAAGGCAUUCAAUGGAUACCGCUAGGACAAGGAAAUGAGGGCCGCUCCGCAGAAGAAAACGUUGCCCAACCGGCUCGGGUGCCAACUGCCCCUUCCGCCUCGGUGCCGCCCGAGACGGAAAGCAGCCGUGACAUUGGUCGAGUGCUGAACGAAGUAGCUUUGUCGGAUGACUCCUCGGCCGCUUCUUCACCUAAUAGCGAUGGCAGCUCGGGUGGCGCUGCAACCUCUGCCACCGACGCGUCGUCUUCGUCGGCUGCGAUGGAUCGACCGCCGUCUCCGUGGGAGUCCAAGACCCGCGGAUGGGCCGACAGCCGCGAAGACUCGCUGAGGCUCGACGGCUGGAUGGAGUUCCCGAAAGAGACGCUGUACCCUACCGGGGCCUAUGAAGGUGACGAGCUCUUGGACAUCGGUGUGCGCCAAGAUCCUGCAUUCCGGCGUCCUAUGCGCUACGACACCAAGAAGCCGGGACCGACCUACUUCUACCACGAACCCGAUUCAUCGGAGACGUCACUGGAAAACGUGGAGAACGUACGCCGAAUAAUGAUGGCCCAACAUCAGCGUAACAAGAUGCGCUUCGGGACUCAGGAUGACGUUGGGCAGGAGGAUGCCGUGCUGGACCAUCUCAAGGAAGUCGGUCAAGCUAACGGCAAGCGCCAUGGCCUUGUCCCCACCGGCUCUAAGGAAAUGCUGGAGCACAGCUACCGGGGAGCCCUCGAUGCCGGCCCCACGCCAGACGGUUUCUACUCGGCGCUGGACUCCAGCAGCGCGUACAUCGUGCUCAACGAAGCCCCUUCGUCACAGAAGGAGGCCGACAGAGUUGUGUCCUCUCUGCAGAGAGCGCUGUUGCUGCCCUCCGGUACCUUUUCCAACGUGCGUCUGGAGGGAAACCGAGUGAACUUCAAGGUGAACCCGAACUCCCAGAACCUCAACGCCACAACCGUCGCAGCCAAAGCAGAAAGCCUGGCGGACUCACUGCACCAGAACUACACCAUCGUGGCGGCGGGUGUCGUCGGAGAGGCACAACUGGAACUGGUGCGUCCCAGCGAUGGUCGCAUGCUGGUGGCGACGCUGGUGGCCUGCGGAACCGUGCUUGUGCUCGUGGUGGCCGGAUCCGUGGCGUACCUGGUGCGCCGCGCCAGCCUGCGAUCCAAAGAGAAGUUGCACGGUCUCGCGCAGCCGGACACCGAGCCAAGCCAAGACUAUCAGGACCUGUGCCGCCAGCGCAUGGCCGCCAAGAGCCACGAGAGCGCCGAACCGGUGCACGUGGCCACGCAGUCGCCCAAGCGAGUCAGCAGCCUGUCCCAGAGCGAGCCGUCCCAGCCCGGCUCCAGGUCGUCUACGUCAUCCUGGAGCGAGGAACCGGUGACGUCUAACCUGGACAUUUCGACUGGACACAUGAUAUUGUCUUACAUGGAGGACCACCUCAAGUGCAAGGACCGGCUGGACAGAGAGUGGGAGGCGCUGUGCGCCUAUGAGGCCGACCCAUGCUCCACCGCGGUCGCCUCAUUGCCCGCUAACAUGAAGAAGAACCGCUACCCGGACGUCCUCACCUACGACCAUUCACGGGUGAUUCUCAACGACGUCUCCAACGCCAACGGCUCUGAUUACAUCAACGCCAGUACAAUCACGGACCACGACCCACGUAACCCGGCGUACAUCGCAAGCCAAGGACCCUUGCCACACACAACGGCUGAUUUCUGGCAGAUGAUCUGGGAACAAGGCAGCGUUGUGAUCGUGAUGCUGAGUCGCCUGAUGGAGAACGGAGUGGCCAUGUGUCAUCGCUACUGGCCCGAGGAGGGAAGCGAAGUCUACCACACCUACGAGGUACACCUGGUCUCCGAACACAUCUGGUGCGACGACUAUCUGGUGCGCAGCUUUUACCUCAAGAACUUGAAGACCAGCGAGACCCGCACAGUCACACAGUUCCACUUCCUCUCGUGGCCAGACAACGGCAUCCCGGCUUCCAUCAAGGCCAUCCUGGAAUUCCGAAGGAAGGUGAACAAGUCAUAUCGUGGACGUUCGUGCCCCAUUGUAGUUCACUGCAGUGACGGCAUUGGAAGAACGGGAACCUACUGCCUGAUCGACAUGGUACUGAACAGAAUGGCCAAAGGAGCAAAGGAAAUCGAUAUCGCAGCCACUCUGGAGCACAUGCGCGACCAACGAGCCGGUAUGGUAAAAACCAAGGUCCAGUUCGAAUUCGUCCUGAUGGCCAUAGCCGAGGAAGUGCAUGCCAUCUUGAAGGCGCUCUCCCACUGAGAGGUCUGCCACCAGCCUGGCAUUUGUCGAGGGCCGGCAUAAAGUGGACUGACUCCGCACCAGUCGUAGACGAUCACCUGACUCGUUGCAAGCCUGGCGACGUGCUUCCCCUAAUCGACUGAAUGACGAACGGCAAUGAGCUGCUGACUUGAUGGACGUGUCUCUGUUUGUUUCUUUGUAUUGUCGCUAUUUCUUUUUCAGAUUUCGAGAUGACUGCGGCAGUCUGACCAUUCACCGCAUUUUUCUAUCUCUCGCUUACCAUCUCAGUGUACUGGGCAGUACAGUAAAGUCAUUACUAAAUCCAUUUGCUCUUUAUAACAUUCUCUACUCCUUAACUGUUGCACCAGUAUAAACGAGGUCCUUUCACUAGUUGAAAUCCUAGGUAUUAUAGAAAUAGUUGCGGCUUCCUGAACAGUCGCCCCAAGAGGAGAUGACUUUAAAUGUGCGAUUAUCCAGCAUACGUUUAGUGAAGCGCUUGCAAUUACGCAUACAUUCUUUGAUCUUUAAAUUCCAUGCAAGCAAAAUAUUGCUUGAUUGAAUAUGGCCACGGAUAGACCUCCUUCGAUGCGUUUGGUUAAAAAGUCUAGUUCUUCAAUAUUACGCAUUCGGCGAUGUCCUAAAAAACCGCAGUGAGCCUACAUUAUCGCAUCUGACCUUUGCCCCUACUCGAUGCUGGACGCACUAAAGCGCUCAUUGUAAACAAAACCAAUUGCCUCUCGCAUUCUGCGCAGUCACUGGGCUUACGCCACAAUGUCGGGGCAGGCGCCAGCGUUAUUCAAUUUCUUUUCUUUUUCUUUUCACUUUUUCACGAUAUUGAGUUACACUAUGGGUUGGGUGUACAGAUUCAGCUUUUUCCAUGCGCCAUAUUCCUUCACGUGCUAAAUUACGCCUUGCAUGCACGCUGUAUUACCGGAAAGCUUUCGUCUAAGCCCAAAAGUUCCAUCACGUUAAGAGGUAGGCAAAUGUAUUGGAAUGUUGCAGAACAAGAAUAACUCGUAGCCAGGACACACACGCCAAGCACGUCUUUCGAGUGAGUCUUGGCCAGCUGACAGCUAGGUAUGUAACGAUGGCGUCGAAUCGGGAGAAGCCGGCCAGUGCUGCGCGUUUCAGCCGCCAACUUCACGCGUCCCGAUCCCCACUCUUUUUUUUUCCUUCCUGAACGCAUCAGACGUCCGCAUUUGAACAAUCGCGCAAUGUGUGUAUGUAUGUGCAAGCAUCAAAACGAAGCCUGAGGCCAUCCACUCGGGAACGUCGCCGCGUCAGCCGAUGUUGUAGUGUGAAUCGCCUUCACGCCGCACGCAUUUUCGCCACCGCGCCGACUCUUCUGCGCAUGCAGUCCACCUGUGUUCAACUUUCCAAAUCAAGUCGACCAAGCGUUCAUUGACGCGGCCGCAUCAGAUAGUACAGACGUAGUAACCUCCUUACAUUCCAAAACCAAGCGUAGCCAACCCGCCUCCUUUCAGCCAUUACUUUCUCCUCCUCUCUCCCAAACUUGCACUCCCCCCCUCUUCUAUUAGUCAAACUUUCGUAGCUUGAGAACCACGGCUGUGUUUGUAUCCGUAUUGCACAACAACCGACCAACAGGAAAAAAAAAAUGAAUGCUGUAAACGCGUUUGUCUGUAGUGUCAUAUACAAAGAUAUAGCGUUGCGUAUAAAAACCCAGCUCUUUCGGAGCAUUUCCAGAAUUUAUCGUACAUGUUACAUGAUUACCAUUAAAUUUUCUGUGUUUCGAGGAGAAAAAAAAAAGACACAGUUGGCCAAUGACGUAGAUGUACGUAUCGCAUAUAUGUGCUGAUGUACAAACUAUUUUGGAGCACCCUUGUGAAAAAGAAAAAAAAAAGGACUCUAUUUUUGACCUCUUCCGGGGCGUUUGUGCAUAUGUGUCAUGCCUCUGUUAUUGCUGUGUACGCGUGAGUGCUUCUGUUGAAAAAAUAUAUAUGUUUUCACUCCCAGAAUCCUUGCGCGGAGUUCAACACUGCACGCUAGGAGCAAGAUGACCAUGUGAUACACAGAUUUAUCGAGCGUUGUCACUUUAGAACGUAGCUUAUAGCAGUACUUGCCGAGUUUAGAAGGAGAGAUAUAUGCGAUAUUGGAAACGUUUGUGAGCGAAUCGUUGUGGAAGCUUGUUAUCUGCGUCGUGAGCCCACUUGAGGACGCGUGAACAAAUUCAUCCGUGCAAUUAGCAGUGUACGCGUCUGGCAACCCAGUGCCAACAAAGUUAGUGCUGUACAAGUUAACCCUGGGUGAUAUGAUACUAGUACUGAUGCGGGAAGUAAGACUACCAACCGCUUCAAUACUUCAUCUGAAUUCUCGCUUUUAUGCAAAGACGCGAAUUAUAAGUGCGAAAUUUCACUUUCAAUGCUUCUUUCUUAAAAAUCAUUUGCGAUCGAAAUGAUAAUACUUAUAAUUUUAAACUCUAUAGGGAAUCUACCAUCGCAAGCGUAGAAUUCUGCGAUAAUACUUGAUUGAAACGAGUGUAGACUUCUCUUGUUGAGCGUGCCCAGCCUUAUGCCCAGAUGCCUUUUUUUUUUCGCGUUUCUAGGACCGCAGAAAAUAAAUUUCAGGUCUCCCACUAGACGUUUGAGACGUCUUCCCUUCGAAUAUGAAAACGGGUUAAAGUUAUCUUCACUUGUUCAGCUGCUGAACGCACUUCUCAAGCACCUCAAUCGACCAUCAGAUAAAAUGGAUUGCACAUAGUUAAAGAAACUAUGCUCAGGAAACAAACCACUAGCCCAACUCAAGUCAAUCUUGUUUCCCUGAGUUUAUAUCUCCGAGUUAAUUUGCGCUGUACAAAGCAUCAUGUUGUUUCACCGCAGUUUUUUUUUUUCAAACCGUGGGCCUCUGGUCAUCAUAUAAGAAAACAAGUAUACUCACAGCUCUAGCUCACAUCGCAACUAAUCUCGACAAUUGAAUAUGUUCGCACUAUAUUUUUUUACUAGUCAAAGUUAUCAAUUUUUUUUUAAUUUAGAGUGACAGCUUUUUUUUUUCAAUAAAAGGACAACUGAAUCAGAUCUAGGCUAGUGCCAAUGCCUUUUGAGGAGCACAUUUAGUGGUGAGCUGUUGACAGGUUCUGUAGUUUUACCCAAUUCUUCUGCCUCAGUCUUCAUUCUUUGACAUGCAAGGUAAAAGCAAAAGUGAAAUCAUAGGAUUACGUAAAAGAAAAGAAAAAAACAGAUGACGUCAUGUCACGUGAUCAUUGGUGGCCUGAAAUCAACCUAUACGUUGGUUCACGUUGGUUCUGCUUUUAUGUGCCCACGGUAACCAUCGUACUUCACGUCAUGGCCUGUUGAGCCACGCAGCGCAGAACUGUCACGCCUUCACAUGGAGCAGGCAUAGCAACGCCCCUGUCAUCCAACAAUGCUAUUGUUUUUGAGAACGCAUGAGAUACGCUUGCAUUGUUGAUGGGACAGUGUUGCCAUGUCAAGAACUUGUUUCCAUCAGUGGAUGAAGAUGAAUCUUACACGUGAGGUUUGGCGGUAGCUGUAGGCACAAUCUCUCGCACAGACCCUAUCUUCUGUGUAUUGAAAACGAAAUCUUUCUGUGUCCGCAACAUUGUGCGAUUUCAAAAGCCAAAUUACGCGGUAAAAUGCAAAACUCUGUGCAAUGACUAAUCUGACACUUGUUCCAUUGUAGCACUGUUGAAACGUCCUCCUCCUCGAUAGACCCUCCACCGUAUUAUCCCCGAAUAAAUACGAACGUCAUAAGCCUUG